AUGGAAAAAUGGAAUCAAUACUGGGAGGACGAAGAGAAAAGGAAGUGCGAGUUCUGUGAGGACACUCCAGGACUGCAGCACCUGGUGAGAGACUGUAGGGUAACAAGCAGAAAGCAAGUGGUAUUACCUAGAAGGUAUCGCACUUUAGUACCGACUGUGUCACAAACUUCAAAUAAUGAAGGAGGAGAGAAUCUACUUACAAAAGAAUGUUUAAAAAGUUAUACAUCUAAUUGGAAUCUCAUACAUUAUAAAUAUUCAGCAUACAGUGGAACUUAUCUUGAAUUACCUAAAAUAGCAAAGACAGAUGAUCUAAAAGAUGAAGUAUACGAAAUUGAUACAGAAGUAGAUCAGGUUGAUGAGGAAUUAACAAAAAGUAAUGGAAUAACAAAGGAGGGCUACUUAAUGAAAGGUCCAGAAAUUGGUAGUAGUGAUCGUAUGUUUGCAAAUAUUGGUUCAAAAUCAUUUAAGAGAAGAUUCUGUCAUCUUCGGCAAGAAGUUGACGGCACAUACAUUCUUGAGCUUUUUAAGGAUGAAAAGAAGGGUGAAGCUAAACUAACGAUAGUAAUGGAUUUUUGCACUGAAGUUGUUAGGAAUCCAAAACGUGGAAGAUACUGUUUUGAAUUAAGAAUGAGCGGGACCCACAAAUCAUAUACUUUAGCAGCAGACAAUGAGACAGAUAUGCAGGAUUGGUUAUUAAAAUUAAGUUCAGUUUAUGGAACACUCAAAGGCUUGGAACAAAGCAUGAAUCCACAAUUGAUAAAAUAUUCUAGGGAAACAGAUACCAGUAUAGCAUUAGCCAGGCGAGAAAAUCGUAAACUACUGUUUGAUAUUUACCCUCAUAUUCCACAUAAUAAACAACAACCAGGCAAUUAUAAUGAACAGAAUAUUGAUCCAUACAAAGAACAAUUUGGACAGAGAAUUUUUGUAAAAUGUGAAAGUCUUAAAUUUAGAUUACAAGCACCAAUAGAUGAAAAGGAAUCAUUAUGUCAAGUGGAACCAUAUCAAACUACAUUAAGUCUUUAUGACGCAAGAAAUGGCAGAAAAUUAACGGAAAAUUUUCAUUUUGACAUUAAUCAUGAAGUUGUUCAAGAAAUGGUAAAAGAAUUAAGUCCUGUAGGAAUUAUGACAGAAUCUACAGAAAAUAUUAAAUUACCAGAUGACUUGAAAAAUAUACCAUUAGAUUGGAUUAAAUAUCCCAAACAGGCCAUAUUUAGUAUUAGUAAUCCUCAUCCUGACAUAUUCUUGGUUGUAAGAAUAGAUAAAAUAUUACAAGGAAAUAUAUGCCAAACUUCUGAACCAUAUUUAAGAGCUACGAAAGAUCCACGUUUAGGUUUAAAAGUACAUAAACAAGUUAGAGCAUGUUGCCAAAGAUUGGGAAAUUAUAGAAUGCCGUUUGCUUGGGCUGCUAGACCAUUAUUUAGAUUAUACAGUAAUGAAUUGGAUACAUCAUCAGACUUUCCUGCAAUAUAUAGGCAGGAGGGAAAUAAAAUAAAAGAUGAAGAAUUACUCAAACUUCUUUCAGAAUAUAGAAAGCCUGAAAAACUUAGUAAAUUGACUGUGAUACCUGGUUGGUUGAAAAUAAAAAUUGAGUCAAUUACAGAUUUACCUGACAAUACAUUGUCUACAUCUUUAGCAGCUUUAAAACCAUUUCCAUUACCGCCAAUAUCUGAAGCAACUCUUGAAAUUCCAGAAUUUGAAAGUACUUCAGAGAAAGAUGUUCAUCCAUACACAACUUAUAUUAAUCAUCUUUAUGUGUAUCCGCAAACUCUCAGCUUUGACACACAAAAAAUAUUCACUAGAGCUAGAAACAUUGCAUGUAUUGUUGAAUUACGAGACGAUGAUUGCGAAAAUGUUACACCCUUAAGAUGUAUAUAUGGAAGACCUGGUGGUCCACUUUUAUGCUUACGAGCAUCUUGCGCAGUUUUACAUCAUAAUGCAGUUCCUUCUUGGUAUGAAGAAAUUAAAAUACGACUUCCAUCGAAACUUCAUUCUAAGCAUCACUUACUGUUUUCUUUUUACCACAUAAGUUGUGAUAUGAAUAAGAAAAAAGAAAAUGGUAUUGAAAGUUGUGUUGGUUAUGCUUGGUCUCCAUUAUUGCAUAAAGGAAGAUUAAAUGUGGAUAUGGAUAUGAAUAUACAAGUAUUACCUGUAGCAACACAUUUACCACCAGGAUAUCUUUCAAUACAACCUCUUGGACUAGGGAAAGGGAAUGCUGGACCAGAAAUUAUAUGGGUUGAUUCUCAACGACCAGUAUUUACAGUAGCGUUUCAGUUGAUUUCAACUGUUUUUACACGUGAUGUACACUUGCAUAAUUUAUUUGCUCACAUGGAACGCAUCCUAGAUACAAAACUAGGAGUAGUACCAGCAGAUUCGGAAACAUGCAAAAUAUUAAAAGCUGCUCACGCAGUACAAUUAGUUACGGUUAUUACAUUUCUUCCUACUAUAUUGAAUCAACUAUUUACAUUAUUAACUUGCACUACAAAUGAAGAAGUUGGAUUGUAUAUUAUAAGAGUUUUAAUACAUUUCAUAAAUAUGGUGCAUGAAGCUGGUAGAAAAGAAAUACUUCAAGCUUAUAUUAAGUUUGUUUUCGUGCCACCCUCUCAAGGAAACGGUAUUGUAACAGUUCAUGAACAACUAGGGAAACAUCUUCCUACAUUAUUGCAGCCAAGUAAUACUGACUUUCUUGUAGUAAAUAAGUUUAUGCAUCAUUCCAGUUUCUUUUUUGAAAUAAUGAUUAAAAGUAUGGCGCAGCAUUUACUUUCGACAGGAAGGAUAAAAAUGCAUAGAAAUGAAAGAUUUUCAGUGGAAUACCAUGAAAAAAUUCGAAGUUUAGUGGACGUUAUUAUGCCUUAUCUCAUGAAUAAAUAUAAAGAAAUGCCGGUUGAAACACAUGAAUUAAAUAAAAGUCUUGCACAAUUCUUAAAACGAUGUCUUACAUUUAUGGAUCGAGGAUUUGUUUUCUGUUUAAUAAAUUUGUACAUGGACAACUUCUCUCCUGGAGAUCAACGUACACUACAUGACUUCAAAUUUACAUUUUUGCAAAUAAUUUGUUCACAUGAACAUUAUAUAUCUUUCAAUUUACCAAUGAUGCACUCUCGAAUUACUUCAAGAGAAGAUACAGAGAGUGAUCCAGAAUGUGAUGAUUUAAUAAAUGAAUAUUGUUUGUCAGAAGAUUUUUGCAAACAUCAUUUCUUAGUUGGACUAUUAAUGCAAGAAGUUAAAACUUCCUUAAAUGAAAUUGUACAAAUUCGUAAAGUGGCAAUAGCUACAUUAAGAGAUUUAAUGGCAAAGCAUGAACUUGAUGAUAGGUAUCAGAAUAAGGGUCAGUUAAGUAGAAUAGCAUCCAUUUAUAUACCAUGGUUAAGUAUUGUAUUAGAAAAUCUGCAUCGAUUACAAUCAAUACAUGAUAACAAUAAGACAGAAAUUAAACAAAAUGGUAUCAACAGAAUAUCAACUAGCAGUUCAUUUCUUGCAAAUAAAGAUACUGUCAGUACUACUGCGACCACUGGAACUCCAAAAUCAAUACAUAGGCUUACAUUACAUUUGGAGACUCAAUCUCCAAUAAGGGCAUCUAUGCAUUUACGAGAUUCUACGUACUUCGCAGCCAUAGCAGGCCAGGGAUUAGUUAAUGGAUAUUCUUGUACUAGUAUAGAAUCAGAUACUUCAACAAUAUCUGGUAUUUCUCAAUCGAAUAUAUCACAAGAAACUACUAUUAUUCGUGAAUCUAUCGAAAAUGGUACUGGAGAAAAAAAAAGACAUUCUCGUUCUUUAAGUGUUACACAGUCAUCACCUAGAUGUGAUAAAUUACAAUCAUCGGAAGUUAAAGAUAUUUUACUUUGUUUUUUGUUUGUAAUAAAAUAUUUAGGUGAUCAUCAAGUUAUUGCUUGGUGGCAACAAUGCAGUGAUUGUGAAAUUUUAAGUUUCUUUACAGUAAUAGAAAUGAGCCUUCAUCAUUUUAAAUAUGUUGGAAAAAGACAAAUAGCUACAAAUAUGACAAAUAAUUCUGGAAAGCCUCGAACAGUGAAAGCAAUGACGCUACCAGCCAGAAUGGCACCUCCUGAUUUUUCUAAUGAAGGACCCAUUACUAGUACUUUGCAACCACAUAAUACUACUGUACGAGAAAAUCUUGUUGAAAGCGAUAUUGGAAAAGUGCAUCAAGCUUUGUUAGAAGCAAAUAUGGCGACAGAAGUUGGUUUGAUUGCAUUGGAUUGUUUAGGAUUAUUUUGUAUUCAUUUUAAGGAUGUGCUCUUAACAACAGAUGGUGAUAAUCUCAUCAUGCAGAAAGUAUUUAGAAAUGCCGUUUUAUGUGGACGUUUAUGUUACGAAUUAUUACGUUGUUGUAAUAGUAAGUUAAGUUCUAUUAGACAGGAAUCUUGUGCUUUACUUUAUCUUCUUAUGAGGAGCAAUUUUGAAUUUACUAGUAGGAAGGGUUUAACUAGGGUUCAUUUACAAGUAAUAAUAUCUGUUUCGCAAAUGCUUGGAAACGUUAUUGGAUUAAAUAAUUCAAGAUUUCAAGAAUCGUUAUCAUUAAUAAAUAGCUAUGCUUCUUCUGAUAAAGUAAUGAAAGGUACUGGUUUUCCAGUAGAAGUUAAAGAUCUUAAUAAAAGAAUUAGGACCGUUUUGAUGGCCACAGCUCAAAUGAGAGAACAUAAUAAUGAUCCCGAAAUGUUGGUAGAUUUACAACAUAGUUUGGCUAAUUCUUACGCCAGUACACCUGAACUAAGACAUACAUGGUUAGAAACUAUGGCUAGAAAUCAUGCAAGAGAUGGGAAUUUUUCAGAGGCUGCUUGUUGUCAAUUACAUAUUGCCGCAUUGAUAGCAGAAUAUUUAAAAUUGAGAAAAGUACAUACAUGGGGAGCAGAAGCUUUUGAUAAGAUUUCUGAAAACAUUUCCAGGGAUGAAUGCAAUCUUAAACUUGAUGCUGGUGUGCAAGAUAUUCAUUACAACGAAUAUAUACUUCUUGAACAAUUAGAACUUUGUGCUGAAAUGUUAGAAAAAGCAGAACGAUUUGAACUUCUUGGACAUUUGUACAGAUUAAUAGUUCCUAUACAUGAAGUGAAAAGAAAUUAUGAAGCUUUAGCAAAUUGUUAUUCCCAUUUGGCACAAGCCUGUAAUAAAAUUGUUGAAGUUACAAAGUCUGGAAAAAGACUUCUUGGAAGAUUUUAUAGAAUUGCAUUUUUUGGUUUGGCAUAUUUUGAGGAUGAAAAUGGACAAGAAUAUAUUUAUAAAGAACCAAAAGUUACAUCUUUAUCUGAAAUUUCAGAACGUCUCCAUCAUCUAUACUCUGAAAAAUUUGGCUCAGAAAAUGUUAAAAUGAUAAUGGAUUCUAUACCUAUUGAUAUAACUGAACUAGAUCCAAAAAUAGCAUAUAUUCAAGUAACACAUGUUACACCUUAUUUUGAAAAAUAUGAAUUAGAAACUCGACAAACAGAGUUUGAACAAAAUCAUAAUGUAUCAUGUUUUAUGUUUGAAACUCCAUUCACUAAAGAAGGAAAAGCAAGAGGUAUUCCAGAAGAACAGUGGAAACGUAGAACAAUACUUACAACACAAUAUUCUUUCCCGUAUAUUAAAAAACGUAUUCUAGUAGUUGAAAAACGAAUAAUGGAACUGAGUCCAAUUGAAGUCGCUUUAGAUGAAAUGCGACAGCGUGUCCAAGAAUUAGAAGAUGUAGCUCUUAUAGGUCCAACAGAUGUAAAAAAAUUGCAAUUAAGAUUACAAGGAAGUAUAUGCGUUACAGUAAAUGCUGGACCACUUGCAUAUGCUUCUGCAUUUUUAGAUCCUGCACUUUCUCCACAAUAUCCAGAUGAUAAAGUUGAAGAAUUAAAAGAUGUUUUCCGAGAAUUUGUUAAAAUAUGUUACACAGCUUUGCAGAUAAAUAGUAAAUUAAUUACAUCCGAUCAAUACGAAUAUCAAGAAGUAUUACGAGAAAAUUAUCAAAAACUUUGUCAAAAUUUGUCAUCACUACUUGGAGAACCUAUUUGGCCUGAUGAACAAAUUGGAAAUUUUAAACGUAAUAGUGCUGCUUUAUUUAGUGCUAUCAGUGGUGCUAGUAAUCAUACAAGUACAGCUUAA